AUGUUGGGGAGUGAGCAUAGCAGAAGAAUCGAAACCCUAACGGAAAAGGAAAGUGAGAGGAGAAGUUUUGGAAAACGAUGGAUCGAGGAGAAGAAGGAGAGGCCGUCAUCUCCACGAGAGUAUACCACACUUCAAAUGAAAAGUGUGGCCAUUUCUUCAUGGACAAUGGUGGCAUCACCAAUGCUGUCUACACCAUUACCAUCUUCUCUUGGUAACACCUCCUCUCACAAUUCAAGCUUGUGUUGUGCCUCUAAAGAUUUGGUUUUGAGCAAAAGAGGUACAAGGCUUCUGUGUUCAGCAAGGAGGCAAAUUAGAUACCAAGAAGGGGAUGAAGAUAGGGAUGAAGAGUAUGGCUACAAUGAGGAGAUUACUAAGUUGGAGAGUUAUACUCAAUCAGCAAAAGGAGAAGCACUUCUUGUGCAUGUACUUGUGGAUGAAGAGGAAGUAGAAUUGCUUAUCUUCAAGGGUUUCUCUUCAUGCUUGAGCUACAGUACUUCCCCAGACCCAACAAGAAGCAUUAUUCCAGCCAGGGCAGUGAUAGUGUCCAUAGAUAGAAUCAAGGGACCUUUUGACCCUGCCAAUAUAGAGUAUCUUCAAAAGGGUGUACCAUGGGAAGAAUUCAAAACAAAGCUUCUCUCUAAAUAA